AUGAAGUUCACCGGAAUCGCUUUCGCUGGUCUUAUCGGUUACGCUGCCGCCCUGCCGGCCAUGGGCGCCCAGCAAGACUCUGCUCCCAAUGGUGUUCAGGUCAGCGGAGCUCCCUCCUUCCAGGGUGCCGCUCCCUCCGGUUCUCCCCUUCCCCUUCCCUCGGGUGCUCCUCAGGGCCAGGGCCAGGACCAGGGCUUCGGAGGACAGGGCCAGGCUCCCACCGUGAGCUUGGGCGAUGCUCCUCAGCCUCCUCCCACUGGCUCCGCUGCCCCCGCUCCUUCCGGAGCUCCUCGCGGCCACAAGAGACGCCAGCUCGAGAUCCCCGCUUCCGCAUCUAACGUCCCUGCCCCGACCGGCUCCGCUGCUGCUGGAGGUGACUUCGGUGGUGUCGCUCCCUCCGGUAUUGCUGGCGGCAACGGCGCUGCUCCUUCCGGUUCUUUCGGUGGUGCUGCUCCCUCUGGCGUCGCUGGUGGCAACGGCCCCUCUCCCUCUGGCUCCUUCGGUGGCCAGAGCGGCCAGUCUGGUUCUUUCGGCAGCAGCGGUGCUGCUCCCUCCGGCGUUGCUGGCGGUAACGGUCCUUCUCCUUCCGGCUCCUUCGGUGGUGCCGCUCCCUCCGGUGUUGCUGGAGGCAACGGUCCUUCUCCUUCUGGCUCCUUCGGUGGCCAGCAGGGUCAGCAGGGUCAGCAGGGCCAGAGCGGCUUCGGCGGCCAGGACUCCCAGUCCCAGGGCCAGUCCCAGGACUCUCAGUCUCAGGGAUCCCAGUCUGAGCGCUCCCAGUCUCAGGGAUCCGACUCCCAGGGAUUCGACUCCGAGGGAUCUCAGGGCUCUUCCGAGCAGGGCUCCCCCUCUGAGCAGGGCUCCGGCUCCAGCUCUUUCGGUGGUAACGGCGGCGCUGCUCCCUCCGGUGUUGCUGGCGGUAACGGCCCCUCUCCUUCCGGCUCUUUCGGCGGUGCUGCUCCCUCUGGCGUCGCUGGUGGCAACGGUCCCUCCCCUUCCGGCUCUUUCGGUGGUAACGGUGCUGCUCCCUCUGGAAUUGCUGGCGGCAACGGUCCCUCUCCUUCCGGUGCUGCUCCUUCCGGCGUCGCUGGUGGUAACGGCCCCUCUCCUUCUGGCGCUGCUGGUGGUGCUCCCGCUGCCUCGGGUGCUCCCGCCGCCGCUCCCUCGGGUGCUUCCUACUAA